AUGCUGAGGCGCUUCAAAAAUGUCGGGCAAACGCUCCAAUAUUCAAUAAAUUGGCCCCAAAACAGGCGAUGGCAUUCUAUCGCAUCGGAGAAUUAUCCAAUAAAUAUUAGCAAGGCAUUUAAGAGCAAAAACUGGUCAAUACGCCGUCCAUCAUUAAAACAUUUGCCCUCUAAGGAACUUAAAUCACCAGCGCAAUUCAGAUUUAUCUUUGAUGGGGAAAAAAAUGUUAAAAACGUUUACACGGAUGACCCACAUUUCCGAAGUCUUAUAGAUACGUCAAUACAACACAUUUACAAUGAAAAAGUUGUUAGUGAGACUAAUUCAAAAGCAGAUAUGAAGCAUUACACAUGGUUGAAGCUUCGAGACUACAUUUAUGGACAACUAAAAGAUCCUAACUUAAAACGAAAGAUUGAAAGUUACCGGUCAUCAAUUUCUACGUUAAUCCAAAAUAACAACCCCAGUCAACUAGUUCCACGACUGAUAAAAACAGACAAGAUUGACGCAAGUGUUUGGAAGUCUCUCCUGAAGCUUGAUCGAGAGCCCACGGGUUUAGAGAAAUAUACAUACAUUCUGGGUCAAUCUUUUGAUUAUAUUUAUGGGCAGGAGAUAGUACCUAUGAUGACAGAUACUGGAGAGGGAGAGAUUUUCCAGGAGGUUGAUUUUUCUAAUCCGGCUGAAUGGUUUCCUGAAGCAAGAAAAAUGAGACGCCACUUAAUAAUGCAUAUUGGACCAACGAACUCAGGUAAAACAUUUAGGGCUCUCCAAAAACUAAAGCAAGCAGACAGAGGAUACUACGCUGGACCACUGAGACUUUUGGCAAGAGAAAUUUACGACAGGUUUAAAGAUGAGGGUGUGAGAUGUAAUUUACUCACGGGCGAAGAAAUAAUAAAGGACUUGGAUUCUGCAGGAAACCCUGCAGGCAUCACUUCGGGCACUGUUGAGAUGGUUCCAUUAACACAAAAAUUUGACAUUGUUGUCCUCGAUGAGAUCCAAAUGAUGUCAGAUCCAGAUCGAGGCUGGGCUUGGACCAAUGCACUGUUGGGUGUUAGAUCGAGGGAAGUGCACCUUUGUGGGGAGAAAAGUACCUUGCCAAUCAUUAAAAAAAUUGCCAGGAUAACUGGCGAUAAAUUAACUGUCAACGAGUAUGAGAGACUUGGGGAUUUGAAAGUUGAAGCAUCGCCCUUAAGGAAAGGAUUAAAAGGUCUUUCAAAGGGCGACUGUAUAGUCGCUUUCUCUAAGAAGAAGAUUUUAGAUUUAAAGCUGAAAAUAGAAAAAGACACCAACCUAAAGGUUGCAGUAAUUUACGGGUCACUACCUCCAGAGACAAGGGUUCAACAAGCGAGUCUUUUCAACAGUGGUGAGUGCGAUGUAAUUGUCGCGUCUGAUGCCAUUGGUAUGGGGUUAAACUUGUCGAUUGAUAGAGUCAUCUUUACAACCAAUGUCAAGUUCAACGGUAAAGAAUUAAUUGAUUUGACUUCUUCCAAUAUCAAACAAAUUGGGGGAAGGGCAGGCAGAUUCAAGGCAAACUCAACUGGUGGAGAAAUUCCAAAAGGAUCUAUCACUACAUUCGACCCCCAAGUACUUUCGGCUGUUAAAAAGGGUAUAAACGCUCCCAUAAAAUAUUUAGAACAUGCGACAAUAUGGCCCCCUGAUGAAAUAUGCGCCAGUAUAAUGACAAAACUGCCCCCUAAGACCUCGCCAACUGUUCUUCUUAAUACAAUUGCUGGAUGUUUGGAGCAAAAUUCGAACAAGCUGUUCAAGUUAUCUGACUUGAAAAACAGGUUGACGGUCCUAAAAAUAUUCGAAGACAUGGAUAACAUUCAGUUUUUUGAUAAGCUGAAGUUGAGUAAUGCACCAGUUAAGGAUCUAGCCCUUGUGAAGCGUGCAUUCUCUCAAUUCUGUACAACAAUUGCCAAAAGGCAAACGAGGGGUUUACUUUCAUAUCCACUGCCGUUUGAGGUACUUGACUUCAGGUGCAUUACUGAUGAAAAAUUUAACCUUGAGCUUUAUGAAUCUCUUUACAACAUAAUUAUGUUAUUUUUUUGGUUGAGUAAUCGCUAUCCCAAUUAUUUUAUAGAUCUGGAAUCAGCAAAAGACCUCAAGUACUUCUGUGAGAUGAUUAUUUUCGAGAAAUUGGACCGAUUGAAAAGGAACCCAUACGCCAGAAAGAUACCACUAUCCGUUGGCACUUUCUACCAAAAGAGAGACUCGUUGAUAGGUCGAACGAACUAA